GUUGUUUAUAUCUUGAGAAAAUACAAUGUUCUGAGUGAUAUUGAAUCAAUGAACGUGUAAAUUCAAAACUUAUUUUUAUUUAAACUAAAUCAAAGUGCUAAGUUGGAUUAUGCCUGCUGUGAACAGCAAAAACAAAAUUCUUAUGUGAUUCUGUGACAUAAUUUCAAUAGUAUGAUUAUUAAGUAUUCAGUCAUGGUUUUUGGGUAAACAGGAUUCUUACUAGGUGGAGAUGGAUUCAGGAGUCCCAAGUGUACCCAUCACCACUUUGGCGGGUGUUUCAAGUCUAACUGACUUGCUCCCGGAAAUGCCCCUACCAACCCCUUCGCCUCAGACACUGAGUAAUAAAUCACUGCUAUUCCACCCGAGGGUAGCAGAAGAGGCACAAAAUUUACUUGGUGUGAGAGAUGAAGUGCUUGUACCACAAUUAGCCCAGUCUUUAGAAAAGACAUCUGCUGAGCAUAUAGAAGUGAAGGAUAAUUAUGCUGGAACAGAUUCGAGGUUAGAACAGCAGGAAUCAAUGCCAGAACUUCUGAGAGCUCUUCUGGAGGCGAAUCCUAAUGUUUUCAGUGGCAACAAGUCCCAUGCUGCACAGCAGAUGAUGCAAGUCCAAAUGUCCAUAAUUCAAGGCCAAUCUCAUCAGCCUCAGCUACAGACAGUUCAGGUGCAGCAGCAUCAAGGUCAACCAGUUCAACAGCAGCAGCAACAGAGCAUUGGGCAGCAACACCAACCAUUGCAGCAGCAACUUCAUUUGGAGCAGCAACAGCAACAAUGGAAUCAUACUGCUCAACCUACUGUACAGGUAUUGCAGGAGAAAGACAUCGAUAAGCAAGUUCAGUUACCUAACCCUAAUCAUUUGUACAUGAAUCAACAAGCAGUGAUUAGUCAUCAAGCAACUAGCCAGCAAAUUCUAGGUUCUCAAAGUACUAUGCAAACUUCUACUCAGCCAAGUUCAAGUUCGGUGGGUUCCAGUCAGAAUCCAAGUAUACAGGAACAAAGUAAUGUGAUGCAUCAGAUAGGUCAACAAAACUACAACCAACAAUCUCAACCAGUCAUACCUAGUGUUAUACAAACUGUGGCAGAUCAAAAAGUAACCUCGCCCACUGAACUGUCCCGAAAGGAGGAGCCAAGCCAGGGUACACUGGUGACGUCUGUGAUCAACUGUAAUAAUGGUAGGGUGCCUGAGGUGACCCUACCAGCACCGAGACAAUUGGUACAGCCUGCACCCAGCCCUAGUAUACAACCUACGUCUAAGCAACCUGCUCCUACAACUAUCCCACCUACUCCUGUGCAGCCUGCUCCUUCGACUAUUUUAUUUACUCCUCCUAGAGUGCAAACUACUCCUAAAGCCGUGCAAACUAGUCCUAUAACUGUGAAACCUACUCCUAUAACCGUGCAACCUACCCUUGUAGCUCUACAGCCUACUUCUAUAACUACUACCACUACUACUACAGCGACAUCUGCACCACAUACGCAAACGUUAACGAGUGAGUUGCGACAGUUGAGGCGGAUUCCUACUAGAGUACAACAGACAACAACUGAUGCACCAGUAUCCAAAGAACCAACGAAGACUGAUCAAGUAGCACCUGUUCUAUUUAUCGAUAUGAAACUAAGUAAAGACAAAGAAAUUACUAAACCAAAGUCGAAAAUAGAUGAUUCGACAUUCACGAAUGAGGAGGAAAAUGCUGAUGCCAAACCUACGAGUGAAAUAGUUCAAGUCAUUGAAGAGAAAAUAGAGCAAGAGAACUCUUCCUCACCCAUCAAACAACCGGUCAUAAAACUGUGCAGGCUGUCAGAGGAAGACUUGAUGCUCAUGCAGAAGAGUCUCAAAGAGUUCGUUGAUAGAAAACCCAAACUAGCGAAUGAUCUCGGUGUCGAUGUAGAGGAAGAUGCCGAACACGAAUCUGACACGGAUGAUGAGAAUGGUGGCAAACGACGUCGUGUUAAGAGAAAGCACUCAGGCAGCGGAGACGAUGAGUAUCAGCCUGACACAUUCUCGGCUUUGGUUGGUAAAAGAAGGAAAAUCGCGAAAGAUGAUGUGCCGGAACCUGUCAUCGUCAAACCUAAGCUCAGGCGAGUUGAGAAGAAGUUCGUUCCAGUGCUCGCCAAGUUGUCCCAGGAGGAACUUAUGGAGACCAAUACUUACCACAGGUUCAACAAGUCCAUUGAGCAUGUGUUGAGGUCUGGGGAAGACAUUGAUGUCACUGAAAUAGCGGAAGAUGGGAUGAUUCAGGAAGAAUACCUCCUGAGCAGGAAUGUAAUGCAAGAAUUAUGUACCGAGGCAGCAAAACUGAAGAUACUGGGAGCUAUGGAAAUGAUACCAACUGAAAAACUCACUAGACUUUUGAACGUCUUGGAGUUGAAUAUCAGAGGAGGGGAUAGAGUGUCACCUAUAUCUGAUGAGGAUAAUGAGAGCAUUCGCCAGUUAUGGCUUGAAACAGCAAUGGAGAGAGUAAUGGGAGCAGCAGAUGCAUGUCUGGUGUGCAUGUAUAUAAUGACAUCCCGUAACAUGUCUAAAAGGGUAUACCUGGAGGAAGUUAUAGAUCGAGUAGUUCUCUAUAUAAAAUACCAACUUCAUAAUACAAUAUUCCCAUCAUUUGACUCUACGUAUAGGUUAGAUAACAAGAAAAAAGAUGGCCGGCGAAAGAAAACGACUCAAGUGUCCGAAAAGGGAAUUCUAGUGUUGUAUACCAAGCUAUCGGAAUUGGUUAAUUUACUAGCUGAAUUGAUGAAUAUUCAAAUAUUGACGGACACUUCAGUUCUUCAUGCUUCUUCCAUGGGUGUAUCCCCAUUUUUUGCUGAAAAUGUUAGUGAAUUACAAUUGGCAUGUCUUAAGCUUGUAACAACGAUCUUUACGAAAUACGAAACACAUCGAAGGCUGUUGUUAGAUGACAUUUUAGCAUCAAUUGCUCGUCUUCCAAGUACAAAACGUAGUUUGCGUACUUAUCGGCUGAACAGUGAGGAACACAUACAAAUGCUCACUGCCCUUGUGUUACAGCUGAUACAGUGUGUUGUUUGCUUACCAGACAAUUUCAAUCACGCUAAAGAUGCAAAAGAUAAAAACUCCAGUGGUGAGAAAAUGCCCCAGGUCGACACCGACGUAUUCAUUUGUAAUAAAUUCGAGAAAGCCACUUCGACAGCUGGUACAUUUCUCACCGUCUUCUUGAACAAGUGUGGUAACAAACAGGAGGACAUCGACUAUCGGCCUCUAUUCGAAAAUUUUGUUCAAGAUUUACUUUCGACAGUGAACAAACCCGAAUGGCCAGCCACUGAGUUGUUGCUGUGCCUGUUAGGGAAAAUGUUGGUCAAAAAUUUCUCAAAUAAAGGAACCGAUAUGUCUCUACGUGUCGCUAGCUUGGAUUAUCUGGGAGUUGUGGCCGCCAAACUUAGGAGGGACAGUGUAUUGUCAAGGUGUAAACUGAACACGAUAGAUCAAAUGAUAAAGGACAUCAAGCAGGAAGAGAUGAAAGACAGCGAGGAGCCAACGUCGAAAGUAAAGAAGAAAAACAACUCGAUCAACUCUGAUGAGGAAAGGGGUCAAUUCUUGCAGCGUGUUCUCUUGGAUUUUUUGUCAGUGAAUGCUCAAAAUGACGAAGCUUACAAGUAUGCUAGGCAUUUUUAUAUUACUCAGUGGUACAAAGACUGUGUCAAUGAGAAAACCCAACUGGCAACCGGCGAGAAGAAGAAUAAUCAUAGGUCAAAGAAAUAUGAGGAAGAAGAAAGUGAUGAGUCGGAUGAAGAACGAGAAAAGAAAAAUAAGAAAGCAUCUGCUGAUCAGGAAUAUGCCGAAAAGUUCCAACAGAUCGAGGAAAAGAAAAAAUUUCUGUUGAAUAAAAUAAAACCUUUUCAGGAGACCAUGUCAUCUGGAAAUCGAGUUCAAGUCUUUCAGACAUACAUUGAUUAUAGUAGUGCUGAACUCAUCGCUCAGUUUCUAGCUUCAAAAAGAUAUUUCUCUCAGAGUUUCGAUCAAUAUCUGAAAGCAAUACUUAUCGUACUUAAAGAAACAUCUAUAGCCAUAAGAACGAAAGCAAUGAAAUGUCUCACCAUGAUUGUGGAAGCUGACCCGUCAGUCCUGGGUAGGCAUGACAUGCAAAUGGGCGUCAACCAUUCCUUCCUCGAUCAUUCGACUUCUGUGAGAGAGGCAGCUGUAGAUUUAGUAGGGAAAUUCGUCCUGAGUCGCCCCGAACUGAUAAGCAAGUAUUAUGAAAUGUUAUCGGCACGAAUAUUAGACACGGGCGUCAGUGUGAGAAAGAGAGUGAUUAAGAUAUUGAAAGAUAUUUGUAUAGAAUGUCCCGAGUUCCCGAAAAUUCCCGAAAUUUGUGUAAAAAUGAUCAGGAGGGUGAACGAUGAGGAAGGAAUCAAAAAGCUAGUCAUGGAAGUUUUUCAAAACAUGUGGUUCACGCCCACUAAGGAUACUUCGCUGUUGAGAAAAGUUAUGAACAUCACCGACGUUGUUGCUUCUUCGAAAGAGAUUGGUCUGGAAUGGUUUGAACAACUUUUGAUUAGUUUAUUCAAACCGAAGGAAGACAAAGAUGAUUCGACGAAAGUAGCUACAGAGCCCCCGAAGGCCCUACUUCUGGCUUGCCGACAGAUCGUCGACUGUCUCAUCGAGAAUGUCUUGAGCCUCGAAGAAACCACCGACAACAGUGGCUCAUCUCAACGUCUCGUAGCUUGUCUGACCACCCUGCAUUUGUUCGCGAAGAUCAGGCCCCAACUUCUAGUCAAACACGCGAGUACUCUGCAACCGUACCUCGGCUUGAAAUGCCAAUCGGCCGGAGACAUACAGAUAAUCAGCAGCGUGGCCAGGAUGCUGGAGCUGGUGGUACCUCUGAUGGAACAUCCGAGCGAUUCUUUCCUGGCGCAGCUGGAGGAAGAUGCCAUGAAGUUGGUGUUGCAGCACAAUAGGCCCAUAGUGAGCAGUUGUCUGUCCUGCUUGGGCUCCAUCAUCAACAAAGUUACUCGUAACUACAAGCUCAUCAGGGACUGUUUCAAGAAGUACUACGAGUACUUGUUGAGAUACAAGAACUGGGUCGAAAUGGACUACAGGACGUGCCAGGAGGUGAAGUACAGGGGUCUGUUCAGGAGAGCGUUGUUCAUAGUUGGUUUGUUGCUGAGGCAUUUCGAUUUCAAGAACCCUGAAGUAAUAGGAGAUCUCUCGCCUGAAACCAAGGAUGAAGUGUACCAAACCAUGACUUUUUUUCUGCAAAGGGACGAUAUCGACAUGCAAGCUAACACUUUGAAAGCAAUAGGUUCCAUCUGUAUCAGACAUUAUGAGUUCAUGUUGGAAAAUGAGCUGAAGACUUUCUACCACAUGCAGUUAACAGGGGACGAUGCCCCUUUGAGGAUGAAGGUUGAAGUACUCAUCAACAUAGAAAACUACCUGGUAGAGGAAGAGAACCGGAUGAUUCAACAGGAUUUGGAGUGGUCGAAGCUAUCGAAGAAGGAGAACCUGAAAGAGAUGGGGGACGUAUCCUCGGGAAUGGCUAGUACGGUGAUCCAGCUCUACCUCAAAGAGAUCAUGCAGUCGUAUCUGCACCACGACCUGCAAGUGCGGCAACCGGCCCUCAGGGUCAUCCAGCUUGUCCUGCAGCAAGGCUUGGUGCAUCCGGUGCAGAUCGUUCCGUACCUGAUAUGCAUGAGUACGGACUGUGAAAAGUUGGUGUCGCACAGUGCGGACAAACAGCUGAUUGACAUCGAGAAGAAGUAUCCGGGCUUCAUCCACACGAAGUCCUCGUUGGGGAUUAGGCUGGCCUACCAGCUGCAGAAGAUCAUGCAACCGGAGGGGGUAGUGAGGGGGUUCAGAGUGAAGGAGCAGGGCGAAUAUCCCAGUGCGCUGAACGCUUAUUUGUACUCUAUUCUUCGUAGUUCCAGACAACAAAGACGUGCCUUAAUACUUAAUAUAUUGAAACAGUUUGACGAACAAGCUCGUACCACAUUAUCUUACAUGUUGUACUUGGCAGAUAAUCUGGCAUAUUUUCCGUACCAAGUUCAGGAUGAGCCCCUCUUCAUCGUUCAUCACGUCGAUAUUAUGAUCUCAGUUUCUGGAACAAAUUUGCUCCAAUCAUUUCGGGAGGGUUUGAUUAUGACAGAGGGUCAGAAUAAAAUUCUCGACAGCGAAAAUGGUGAAACUUUGAAUGUCAUAUCAGCUCUAGACGAAGAUGAUGACGAUGAAGAUCUUCUUCUGUCCCGUGUACCUGAAGACACCACCCAACUACAAGCUUGCAUAACAGCAGCUCAAGGUUGCCUGCUACUACUUAUGUUGAAACAACAUAUUAAAGAUGUGUAUGGUCUCAGCGAUGGAAAAAUACAACAAUAUUCACCAUCGGAACCAGCAAAGGUUUAUGAAAAAGCGAUACAGCGUAGGUCGAAUGCUCUCUUCAACCCAAAGGCAACUCUACAGAAACUCAAAGAAGGAAAUCCUGCAGAGUAUCUGGAUGAAGAAGGAAGGAGGGAUCUCAUACGUCAAUAUGUAGACUUCAAACAAUUGAUGUUGCAACUGGACCCCGAAGACGUAGAUGAAGAUGAAAAUGCUCCAAAGGUUUUGACGGCGUUGGCGAGUACCAACGUCAAUCCCCAACCAAACCAGACAGGAGCACCUUCAUCAAUACUUACAGAGACUGACCAAGUUGUACUUGACAAUUAUAAGGACUCUCAACCAAAAGUGCCCAAAUUGGUGAUAUCUAAUAGAAGGUUUGAUAGUGAUACGAAACGUACUCCGCGAACUCAAAGGUCGGUAGAGAAAGCGAAAAAGCAUAGACACAAAAAGAAGCGGCGGAAGUUCGUGAGUUCGUCGGGUGAUGAAAGUGAAAACGAUUAUAGUGAUCCGGACUUCUUGGCCUAGCUAUGCGCCCAAUUGAACAGGUUGCACUGUUCAGACUGUACAGUGAGUUUUAGUUAAUCGUCAGCGAAAUUGAAUAACAUGGUUUAUGAAAGGAAGUUUUAUAAACGGUGAAAAAUUAAAAGAAAUUUUGUAUGAUCUAGUAACGCACUUUUAACUAUGAAUGGACUGUGAACAUUUAAAUUUCCUUCUUUUUACAAAUGUGGUGAUUUGUUCUUUUUCGUUUUGAUUUGUGGAGAUUUUCACAUUAUUUUAUUAUACAUAUGAUAGAGAACUAUAUUACAUGUGAGAUUCUCUAC